CUGUCCAUGAGUGGGGGAGGGGGUGGCGCGCGCGCCAUUUCUAGUCGUUUUCAAAGCGCCUCGCGCUGAUUCUCACGGGCCCGGCCGCCGGCCCCUGCUCUGCCCUGCAGCAUAAUAAAAUGGCUAAUCAGGUGAAUGGUAAUGCGGUACAGUUAAAAGAAGAGGAAGAACCAAUGGAUACUUCCAGUGUAACUCACACAGAACACUACAAGACACUGAUAGAGGCAGGCCUCCCACAGAAGGUGGCAGAAAGACUUGAUGAAAUAUUUCAGACAGGAUUGGUAGCUUAUGUCGAUCUUGAUGAAAGAGCAAUUGAUGCUCUCAGGGAAUUUAAUGAAGAAGGAGCUCUGUCUGUACUACAGCAGUUCAAGGAGAGUGACUUAUCCCAUGUUCAGAACAAAAGUGCAUUUUUAUGUGGAGUUAUGAAGACCUACAGGCAACGGGAGAAACAGGGGAGCAAGGUGCAAGAGUCCACAAAGGGCCCUGAUGAAGCAAAGAUCAAGGCCUUGCUUGAGAGGACUGGUUAUACUCUGGAUGUAACCACAGGACAGAGGAAGUAUGGUGGUCCUCCACCAGACAGUGUGUACUCUGGCGUACAGCCUGGGAUUGGCACAGAGGUUUUUGUAGGUAAGAUACCAAGAGAUUUAUAUGAGGAUGAGUUGGUGCCCCUUUUUGAGAAGGCUGGUCCCAUUUGGGAUCUCCGUCUUAUGAUGGAUCCACUGUCUGGUCAGAACAGAGGGUAUGCUUUUAUCACCUUCUGUGGAAAGGAAGCUGCACAGGAAGCUGUUAAACUGUGUGACAGCUAUGAAAUUCGCCCUGGGAAACACCUUGGAGUGUGCAUUUCUGUGGCAAACAACAGACUUUUUGUUGGAUCAAUUCCGAAGAAUAAGACUAAAGAAAACAUUCUGGAAGAAUUCAGUAAAGUCACAGGUUUAACAGAGGGUUUGGUGGACGUUAUUCUCUAUCAUCAACCCGAUGACAAAAAGAAGAAUCGGGGGUUCUGCUUCCUUGAAUAUGAGGAUCACAAGUCAGCAGCACAAGCUAGACGCCGGCUAAUGAGUGGAAAAGUAAAAGUAUGGGGAAAUGUAGUUACAGUUGAAUGGGCUGACCCUGUGGAAGAACCAGAUCCAGAAGUCAUGGCUAAGGUAAAAGUCUUAUUUGUGAGAAACUUGGCUACUACUGUUACAGAAGAAAUAUUGGAGAAAUCAUUUUCUGAAUUUGGAAAACUUGAAAGAGUGAAGAAGUUGAAAGAUUAUGCAUUUGUUCAUUUUGAAGACAGAGGAGCAGCUGUUAAGGCCAUGGAUGAAAUGAAUGGUAAAGAAAUAGAAGGGGAAGAAAUUGAAAUAGUCUUAGCCAAGCCACCAGACAAGAAAAGGAAAGAGCGCCAAGCUGCUAGACAGGCCUCCAGAAGCACUGCGUAUGAAGAUUAUUACUAUCACCCUCCUCCUCGCAUGCCACCUCCAAUUAGAGGUCGGGGUCGUGGUGGGGGGAGAGGUGGAUAUGGCUACCCUCCAGAUUACUAUGGCUAUGAAGAUUACUAUGAUGAUUACUAUGGUUAUGAUUAUCACGACUAUCGUGGAGGCUAUGAAGAUCCCUACUACGGCUAUGAUGAUGGCUAUGCAGUAAGAGGAAGAGGAGGAGGAAGGGGAGGGCGAGGUGCUCCACCACCACCAAGGGGGCGGGGAGCACCACCUCCAAGAGGUAGAGCUGGCUAUUCACAGAGGGGGGCACCUUUGGGACCACCAAGAGGCUCUAGGGGUGGCAGAGGGGGUCCUGCACAACAGCAGAGAGGCCGUGGUUCCCGUGGAGCUCGAGGCAAUCGUGGGGGCAAUGUAGGAGGCAAGAGAAAGGCAGAUGGGUACAACCAACCUGAUUCCAAGCGCCGUCAGACCAACAACCAACAGAACUGGGGUUCCCAACCCAUCGCUCAGCAACCGCUUCAGCAAGGUGGUGACUAUUCUGGUAACUAUGGUUACAAUAAUGACAACCAGGAAUUUUAUCAGGAUACUUAUGGGCAACAGUGGAAAUAGACAAGUGAGGGUUUGAAAAUGAUAUUGGCAAGAUACGAUUGGCUCUAGAUCUACAUUCUUCAAAAAAAAAAAUUGGCUUAACUGUUUCAUCUUUAAGUAGCAAUUUGCUGCCAUUUGUAUUGGGCUGAAGAAUCACUAUUGUGUAUAUACUCAAGUAUUUUUAUUUUUCCUCUUUUCAUAAAUGCUCUUGGACAUUAUUGGGCUUGCAGAGUUCCCUUAUUCUGGGGGCUACAAUGCUUUUAUCGUUUCAGGCUUCAUUUUAGCUUCAAAACAAGCUGGGCACACUGUUAAAUCAUGAUUUUGCAGAACCUUUGGUUUUGGACAGUUUCAUUUUUUUGGAUUUGGGGUAGAUUACAUAGGAGUAUGGAGUAUGCUGUAAAUAAAAAUACAAGCUAGUGCUUUGUCUUAGUAGUUUUAAGAAAUUAAAGCAAACAAAUUUAAGUUUUCUUGUAUUGAAAAUAACCUAUGAUUGUAUGUUUUGCAUUUCUAGAAGUAGGUUAACUGUGUUUUUAAAUUGUUAUAACUUCACACCUUUUUGAAAUCUGCCCUUCAAAAUUUGUUUGGCUUAAACGUCAAAGCCGUGACAAUUUGUUCUUUGAUGUGAUUGUAUUUCCAAUUUCUUGUUCAUGUAACAUUUCAAUAAAACUCAAAAAUCUAUUCAAAACAUUACCUAUUUCAAAUUCAAUUGUGUCCUAAAACAUUAUUUUAUUCGUAAUCCUUGCAAAGAAUAUUGUUUUCAAAGGAUAACUGCCUAUGUGAGUGAUCAAAUUCAUGCAAAAUUUCUUGUCUAUUCUAACAUAUAUUGUGGACAUCAGAUGAGAAUUAGUCUAAAUUCAAGUAUUUAUUCCAAAUGUCACUGCAUUAAUUGGUGUUCUAUCAUAGUUGCUUCUAAUUUUGAAAAUUUAUCCUUUAUUUUAAAAAAACUGAUUCAAAGACUUCUGAACAUUCUUGCAGGCAUUGGAUAAUUUGCAGUUGUUAAAAUCGGGUUGGGGAAGCAGACUGCAAUUUAUUUUGACCCACAUUCUUUAUAUAAAGGAUAAUCAUGGUUGAAGUCCUCAUUUGCUGGAUAAGUGAAUGUAUAUAACAGGGAAAAGUUGAUUGUAUUGUGGGCUAAAGUUCAGUUAUAGUAUAUGUGAUCAUGACUACCUUUUCAGUUACUGGUUUAGGAAUAUAAUUUCCUGUUGCUAUGCAAAUUUGCUUUGAGAAACAAUUACACCUUAUCAGAGAGGCUUAAAAAAAUCUAGUAGUCAUACUUCUAACUUUUGUUGAUACCCCUUUUAUUUUCAUUUUUUUUACUAUCUCUAGUGGCUAAAUUUUUUGUUGGCCAAGCCAUAACAUCUUCCUUGUUUAGCCUUUAGAAAUCUGAUUUAUUCCAGUGACUUUUUUUGAUAUGAAUGAGAGGAACAGAACAAUCUAAACUUUACAGAAAAGUGUGGAUCACUUCCAAAUUACUCAAAAUUUCCCUUCCAUUUUACUCUUAGGUGGUUCUAAAAUGUUUUUAUAAUGAUAAAAAUAAGCUUUUAGGGAAUAACUAAAAUGGACACACCUCUAUUUCAUGUUUUGUUCCUAUUUGGUGUCUUUUGUGACAGCAAUAUUAAAUAUCUAAACCAUAAGCCACUUAACUCCUUGAGAGCUUGGUUAGAUCCUGUUUUGGGUUUCAUGGCUUCUCUUUUGAUUUUGAGUAAGUAAAUUAAUAAUUGCUGAUGAAAGUCAGUGUUUCUCAAUUCUCUUUCAAAAUACACUCAUUUCAUAGUACAGUAAUUUAACAGACCUUAUUAGUAUUCAUUCCUCUUAAGUUUUUGGAAACUGAUAAAGGAAUUAUUUGGUCUGUUGUAUAGUAGUUUCACAUUGAUUAACAUGGGUAUGUAUUUAGUAAGGUUUAGAUCUAGUUUUUUUUUUAAUGUUCAUUUAUGCAAGUAAAGACACCAAACAUGCAUUAAAUGCUGCUUUUCAACUUUGACAAUACAAUUUGAAGCUAUAACUGUAAAUCUAAAUUAGAUUUAAACCCUGAUUUUUCUUGGAAAGAACAAAAGGUCUAUGAAUGAAAUUUGAAUUGUUUGUAUUAAAAAUUAGAUGUUACAAGAUACAGAGUCGUCAUGAAAAAAUUAGGAAUGGGAAUAGAAAUGAUUUGGAAAAAAUAUUUUCUUAUUGUGUUUCCCCCCACCCAUCCUAAAAUGUAAACCUAUCAAAAACAUAAGAACAAAAUUUGGAUUCCAUGUCAAAACCAUUUCAUUGAAAAUUAUAUUUUAGUCACUUGAAUUUUAAAAUGGCCACUUCCUCCUUUGUCCUGCUCAACAAUUAAAAAUAUAUCUGGAGAGGUAUCCCUUUAAUAUUGCUGUAUAGUUUUUGUGGCUCUUCUAGUUAACAAAAAACAUAACUUUACAAACAUUAAAUCUUACUGUAGAACUCUUUGAUGUCUUAUAAAUUAUUGUAGACACAUUCAGAUAAAUAGAUUCAGAGCUGAACUUUUUCACAGAAAUCUAACAAUGUAAUAUGUAAGCCGGAGAAAUGUCAGUUGAGGGAGUUCUAAAUUUUAGAUUUACAUUAGUUUGUUUUUUAAAAUAGAUGCAAAUUAUAAGUUCUGAGAAAUUAGAUUUUCCGCUGUCCUGCCUUAACAUCCUUUUUGUUCCCCAACCUAGUUGAUUUGGUUUUAUUUAUGAGCCUGCCACAGUAAAGUGUGUGUUAGAAAAUGUAUUUGCUUUAUAUUGCGAUAGACCUGUUCUUUGUAGAUACCCCCCUGAGAUUGACAUAAAUAUACCCCCUUCCCAUAAUGGAAUGCUAAUUUUAUUUGAUCACUCAUUUAUAGCAGUUGCUUAAAUGUAUGUAAUUAUAUGAAGGUGUUUUUAAUUUUUUAAAAGCAAAAAAGUUCUAAUAAGUUGCCAGAUUUCUGAUAAAUCCAGGGUUGUUGAUCAAGAAAGAUGGAAGAUGAGUUAUUAUGGUUUUGUAGUUAGUUUUUUUAAACAAAGGAGUUCAGCAUAAUUGUUUUUAGUUUCUUAGUUUCUGGGGUUAUUCUGCGUAAGAAAGCCCAAUGCUUUCUGUUAGUAGUAGAUGACUUUUCUCUCAUUUGACUUUGAAAUCUGACUUAGAAGGUGAACCCUUUUUCUUUUUAAAAAGGUCAGCAUGCAUCAAAAUAAAUUACAUAUUUUAAAUUCCAAAAGAGAAAGAACAUAAAAUUAAUUCCAUGCCUUGCGUAAAGCCAUAUAAUAGUAUUCUUGAAACUCAGUACAUCAUUUGCCUCCUGCCCAUUUGGAUAAUCAUACCUAUGUUUUAUUGUGUAUUAUUUGUAAAAUCAAAGCCAGUAAAUACUUGCUAUAAGGCUAUCGUCAAUUUUAAAGACUUCUGAAUAUGUUAAAAUUUGCCCUUUUGAUUUUCAAAAUAAUUUUAUUAUAUCAAGCUAUCCGUAUUCUUAAAGGAAGCCAACCUGAAGUAUUUGGAAGAAAUGUUAAUGGUAGUAUUGUCCUUUAUCAUAUGAAAUCUCUUAAGUGAACAGCUAAGAAAAAGCCUUAUAGAAAGAGUGCACUGGAUUUAUAAGUGUGUUUGUUUCUCUAAGGUUGGGAGCUUCUGUUAACUUAGAAGUGGAGUUGUUAUGCAUAAGGCAGUGAAUUAAUUGGAUGACUAUUGGAGAAUCCAGAAUGAGAACUCCAUUAACCAGACGUGUUUACUUUUGCAUUAGAAGUUUGUUAAUUAGGUUUUCUAUUUGAAAUACAAACACUGUUUAAAUAAAUUGCGUAUUUAAUGUAUUGGUCAGUAAUUUAAUAUAAAUAAGGAUAAUAAUUAAUUUG